ACAAAUGACAUCCACAAAAACUUAGAAGAAAAGCCACAACUUUCUUUUAUCCUCUCCUUCCUUCCAUGGUUUUUUCACACUCUCUUGCCCCCACAUUCCGAGAUAAAAAUAUCCCCAAAAAGUAUCCCAAAACUUCAAAUUUUUCAAUGGCUAACAAAAGCUAAAACAAAGAGCUUCAAAACUUCAAAACUUCACUCCCUUAUUCUCCAACUAAACUCUAUAUGGCUAUCACCACCAGCCUAUGUUCCCCACCAAACCACUCUCCAACCCUCCCCACAUUCUCAAUCUCCAACCUUCCAUCUUUCCAACCCCAGUCUUCUUCUUCUUCUUCUUCUUCCAAAUUUGGUGUGAAUUUAGUAUCCAAUGAUGCUUUAAUUCUUGCAGCUGCGGCUGAGGCUGUUACUCUGGCUCGUGCAGCAGUGAACGCCGCAAGAGAGGCCGUGGAGGAGUCAGCUGCUGGGGUUGGCGGUGAGGUUUGGAUUUAUAGGGAUGGGAGUGAGGCUAAUGGGUUGGUUAUGAGGAGGACCAGGAGGAGGAAAAGAAGGAAAAACUUGGAGCUGUUGGAUCUGGAAGAGAAAGGGUAUUUUGAGAAUAAGAGUUUCUCAUCUGGGUCUGUCAAAUCUGGGUAUUUGAGCAGAAGAGAAGAGGUGGAUUGCUGUCUAAGCCUCAAGGAAGGAGCAGAACUAGAAGCAACAAGGAUAAGAAUUACAGAUGCUCAAGAACAUGAACCAACUUCAAAGCAGUUGGCCAAGGCCAUAGGGAUGGAAAUGAGGAGUGUAGAUAAGAUGUUGUGCGAUCGAAGAGAUUCACAAGAAAGGAUCUAUCGGAGCUACAGAAGAUUGGUUGUCUCUAUUGCUGUUGGUUAUCAAGGCAGAGGAUUAAGCCUUCAAGACCUCAUUCAGCAGGAAGGUAGCAUUGGGCUUCUUCGUGGGGCGCAUAAAUUUGAUCCAGAUAGAGGGCAUAAGUUAUCAACUUAUGUUUACUGGUGGAUUAGACAAGCUAUCAUUAGAGCCAUAGAAAAAAAGUCUAGACUGGUCAGAUUACCGGGAAACAUGUGUAUGAUGGUGGCAAAAAUAGCAGAAGCUAAAAAUGACUUAAGCAGAAGAUUACGGCGGGCACCUACCUGUGAAGAAAUCGCUGAAGCAGUAGACAUGCAUGUUUCAAUCAUAAAGCUUGUUUCCGAGAAAAGCAGAACUCCAAUUUCAUUGGAUCGAACAGUAACUGAUCAAGGUUGCAUGAGACUGCAGGAGAUUAUAGCAGGACCAGAUGAAACAAUGCCAGAGAAGAUGGUUAUGAAACGGCUAAUGAAACAAGAGGUGAAGAAACUUCUGAAGUCACUGAGUGAUAGAGAGGCUCAUGUAUUGAGAUUACACUUCGGGCUUAAUGGAAAGAGCCCUCAGACCUUUGAGGAAAUAGGAAGAGUUUUGAAACUUUCAAGGGAAAGAGUUAGGCAGAUAAAUGGAAUUGCAUUAUCAAAAUUGCGGCAUACAAGUAUUGUUGACAAUUUAAGAUUGUAUUUGUAUAUAUUAUAGAUGUAUAUUCUUGAUGGAUGAACAAAAGGAAGGAAAAUAAAAAUAAAUUGCAAACCCAGAAACAAAUUGUUAUUCUA